AUGUCGUCGUACAAUAAUGGCGACCGUCGCAUGCCGUCGAAUAAUCAAUAUGCUCAGCCUGCAGACAUAUCACAUCGAGGUACCACCACCUCUAGAAUGACAUACGCUCCUCAAAUCCCUCGAUCUCAAAUAGCACGACCUCUCAAAUUCACACCUCGAAGUAAUAGGGCAUCGUCUGUAUCUGCGGCAGAAGGAAUUGGCCAAGUGCCAGCUUUAUCAACGUCAACGCUACAGCCAGCAACCCGUACCAAGCGCCUGUCGAUGCUCCCACGCCCUAGUACUGGUGAACCACAAUCAUCAACGUCCCCUGCAUCAUCGAUAUCGCCUCAGUUCUCAACACAAUCGAUACCCUCGUCUAUAUCUACACCCGAUAUCACCAGUCCAUCUGCAUUUGUACCUACAUACCAAGCCUCCCCUCCAAAACGACCUCGCAACGUGCUUCGGAGAAAAGCACCAACAAUAGGAAAACAUGUUGAGCAGCAGUCCCAAAAGCUGAGCCUACUCAUACCCCAAACUUUUCGCUCUGUGGAAAUGAAAGACGCCAAACCUCAAACGUUUUCUAUCUCGCAAUCAAUUGAGCCACACAAACCUGCACAAACCUCAGCCAAUGAAAGAGAUCAUUAUGUGAUGGAUACACCAACAACACAUGGCCCGGUCGAAUUGGCAAGUCUUCGUACAGCAGUCCCCAAUGAGCCCCUACUACCCUCAACAACUCCCCUCAUUCCCUCUGCGAGUACUCCUUCGACCCGAUAUUCGGAAUCUCCUGGCAUGUGGAGUCGCGGCUCGACGCCAACCUCGCUGUCCUCAUACUCUCCAGGCAUUGUGCAUUCGACCAAAGUUGGCCGUUUGAGACAGCCAAGCACAUCACAAACCAGAUUGCCUGUAUUUUCGCCUCCAGCCACAACAACAAGUCCACAGAGUGCAACAGUUGAGCACGCAGACCUGAAACCGCAGAGAAAGACGACACCCAAGCUGCCUGCAUCAUUGACUGCCGGCACAAGACCAGCUAUCAAUACUCCCAAACAGCUGAGUAGACCCGCUGUUGCUAUCUUAAGAGGUCCGCCACAUAGCCCGCCUCCAAGGAAAUCAUCAACGAAGUUCAGCCCAUCAAAGGAUGUUGAAAUUGAUGUCGAAAAGGCCAAGAAAGAAGUUGAAGAAGCUGAGCUGGAACUUUUCAAUUCCCAUCAUCCGAGAGCUGUCAUUUCGAGUCCAGAGCCAAGUGUGCCAAAGACUCCACCGCGACCUAGUAGAGAUGGUAUACCGCGUCUAGAUCGUGAAACUUCGCCCGUGAUAAAAAGCAAUCUACCAUAUCUCAGAUCGACGGGUCAUACACGUCGCGAAUCGGCUGAAAGAAUACGGAUGCAGGGACAGAAAAGCACCACUCCCAUUCCAAAUCACUCUGCUGCCACUUCAACAGACUCUUUGCGGUCUAAGGAUCUAUCACGGAUUCCAUCACGGGAAGCAGGCUCUCCUAGCCGCCUAGAGAAAAAAUCCGAGACAAGAUCAGUGGUUGCUUCUCCCAAACGCUUUGGUAUUUUCUCUAAGAAGUCAAAACCAGACCUAGAUGAUUCAUCGAUCGACCAAGCUCGUACGGCUCGCAAGGGACCGGCUGCAGGGACUGGCCAUGAGGGAUAUGGGAAAUAUUCUCAGCGGGGCCGCAAAGCGAGUGCCAGCGGCAGCACUGGCACGAGAACGAGAUCAACGAGCACAACAAGGAGCGUUUCUCGUUCAGUAGCCAGCAGUAAAGGAAGUAUGUCUAGUCGACCCGACCUUGAGCUGGAUGACUUCUUCUCGAGCCGACUUGAACCGGUCGUCAUUACCGGCGGAGGUAUGGAUGGGGGAACUCUUUCAAGGACUCAAAGUGAGCAGAGCAUCAGCAGCAUGAGCGUGACCUCUUCAAACCUUCCUCAUCCGACACCACUUACAUCUUCAACUGUGCAAUCUAUUGAGUCAUUGGCUACUUCUACGGGUACUUUCGGGGAAACAAAUACGCCCAACGAAUCUGUUGCGAGUCUUGGACAGACUAGAAGCAAGAGCCCGGUAAAGAAACUAGCCCUUGUCAAUCCCCAGGUUCAGAGGUCACGGAUGCCGGUUCCCAAAGACAAAAUGAGUAUGCUGGCAUCCAGUCCCGGUACCACGUCUCUCUCGAGCCAUGACACAGCUUUAGCAACAAAACAAGCCCCGAAUGUCUCCACCAAGCAGGAGCCUACAAAGCCGGAAGAACAGCUGGUAAAGAAAUCAAAAUCCUCACGUUGGAACCCAUUCCACAGAAGCCGUGGCAACGAUGUCAAAGGCUCUUCCCAAACUGUCCCUGUACCUGCGCGAGCUGCCCACGCGGCCCAGCUUCAUGCUGCUAUCUCUCCUGUUCUAAAUACCCGACCCGUUGCCCACUACGCAAUUGUUGACGAAGAUUCCGACGAGCUUGAACGAAUUAUCAGCAACAUUGAGCAUUCACCACCUACGGAAGAAGAAGUCCCCGUCGCGCCAGUGGAAGUUCCUGCUGGUCUGAAUAUCAAGAAAAGACAGCCAUCAAUUCUACUCCGCUCUCCGCCCAAGAUGCAUGGUGAAUUCGAUAGUGACAAACCUUCUCCGAAGACUGCCAUGUUCAAUCGCAAUAUCAUGGGUCCUGAACCUGAGGGUAGUCCCGAAGACCGCCGGCCAAGAAGACUUGCCUCAGUGGGCCGCAUUCCAAAGGUUGUCUCAAGGCGUGAUAGGCAACUGAGACAGGAUAUGCAGUCAUUUUCUCGACCUUUCAGUGUUGCGGAGUCGCUCUCUAUCCCGGCCCCGGUAGUGGAAAGUCAAAAUGAAUAUCAUCGACUUGAUCAAUCUUCUCCCAACGUGUCGUCAAGCAAGCCUUUCGACUGGGGAUAUGGCUACAACCCAGUGUUUAGCGCACCCGAGCAAAUAAGCGCCUUGGACUUCCUUGCUGGCCCUUACUCAGCUAGUGAGUUUCUACACUUCUCGCCUCCACACAAAGGCUCUGUUUCAUCAAGCAGUUCCGGGGCACUAGCUGCUGUCACUGCUGUUGUUCCCGGUGCAGCCACUGCGCCGACCCAAGAUGAGGUGUGGAACGAGUACGAUGACCUUAUAGAUCACUUCUCUCCAGAAGAUCCUAAGCCUGAUGAGUCUGCCAAACCCGAGGAUGAAUCUAGAUUCCAGAAAGCAACAAUGGCAAGCAUCGCCCUUCAGGAUGGCUUAAAGAACCCUAACUCGCUUCAGCCACCACCUGUGCCAAGAGGCGAGGAGUCGAAUAGGGACAGCGGUGAUUCGGUUCACCUUCGCCGCUCACGAAUUGUCUCUGCUUUGUAUUCACCAAUGGCCCCUUCAACCCAACCAUCCUACAGCGAUCUUAUUGCUAGCUACGGAGACCGUGAAGAAAGUCUCGGCAGUCCUCGGAAUCCCAAAUUGGAAUUUUCAGACCAUGUCCAGCAUCAGCAAUCAUCAUUCUUGCACUCCCUGGCGGCGGUUCCUCCAACGAAGCCAAAGCCGGAUGGACGCAGAACUGUUUACGAGCCCUCCGAGCGUGACUGGGAUGCUGUGACCCGUACCAAUAUGCGAUCUGCCUCCCUAAUGACUAGCCGUUGGCUAUCAUUUGGUCGUGUUCUCUUCAGUCCAGCACACAACCAUGUUAAGUCUGGAACUCAUGGGAGAAUCCUUGUGAUUGACGGCCUUGGGAAUGAUGACUGGUCAUUUUACUGCUCCUUGACCUAUCCAGAUGCAGAAGUAUACAGUCUAAGCGGCCGACCAGUUUCCACAGCGAUAUCUCACCCUGCUGCCUGGCAACCUCCGACAAAUCACCACACAGUCUAUCAUGCCGGGCUACAGAACCCUCUUCCAUUUCCGAAGGACUACUUUGCAGUUACAGUUUUACGAUUCCCCGCAGCAACAUCCGAGGCGGUGCAAAGCAAUAUGCUUCAAGAGUGCAGGCGAGUUCUUCGUUCCGGUGGCUACCUCGAAAUGAGUGUGCUAGACCGAGACAUGGUGAAUAUGGGUGUUCGCACCCGCAAAGCCGUUCGACGAUUGAAAGAAAUGACAUGUCUUGCCAACUCAACAAUCAGCCUCAGCCCGGCAAGCGAUAGCGUCCAGCGACUAAUUGGCACUCAAGGAUUUGACAACCUUCGCCGAUGCAUGGUUCGUAUUCCAGUCGCGGGAAUGGUUGUUCGAUCUUCCGACUCAACGACAUCUUCCUCGGGUCGGUCUUUUUCUGCAUCAGCCGGUACCCAAUCAACCGGAUUCUCCUUUCCUAAUACUUCUACUUCUGUUUCCACGGCGACAGGAAGCCAGAGCACACGGACAGCAUCCAAAUCUUCCCCCUCAGAUGAUAAUAUCUCUCUGGGAGACCUACUCUCAGACCCUUCUCCUUCUGCUGCGAAUGAUGAGUCCAUUGCCAAGAUUGUGGCUCGUGUUGGUCGUUGGUGGUAUACCAAAUGCUACGAAGACCCGGUUCUCCCCAAUACGGGCGACAACGACCCCAGCAUGUGGAAUGAUCGCAAGACGCUCCGCGAGUGUCAAAAGCGAGGCACUGGAUUCCGCAUGCUCAUUGCAUAUGCACAGAAGCCGAGUGAGGUUAAGCGUCGCACAGCAAGCGUUUAA